AUGGAUCAGAACACGGUGGUUCCAGUGCUGAUGGCUUUGUUCUUGGUACUGAUGGCGUUCGUCUACUUCCUGCUGGGUGGAGCUUCUGGAGGGAAGAAGAAGAAGAAACUUCCUGUCACGCUGCAGGACCCCACAGUCAAGUACUCACUUCCUCUGAUAGAGAAGCAGGAAAUCAGUCCAGACACCAAAAGGUUUCGGUUCAGUCUUCCAUCUGGAGCUCAUGUCCUGGGUCUACCAGUAGGUCAGCACGUGUACCUGUCAGCCAAGGUCAACAACAGCCUGGUGGUCAGAGCCUACACCCCGGUGUCCAGCGAUGAAGACCAGGGUCAUGUGGACCUGGUGGUGAAGGUGUACUACAAAAACUGCCAUCCCAACUUCCCUGAUGGAGGGAAAAUGUCUCAGUAUCUGGACAACAUGGAGAUAGGAGACACUGUGGACUUCAGAGGACCGAACGGACUGUUGGUGUACGACGGAAAUGGUCAGUUUUCCAUCCGAGCAGACAAGAAGUCGGAGCCCAGAGUUCGGAAGUUCAAGCAAGUGGGAAUGAUCGCAGGAGGAACAGGCAUCACCCCAAUGCUGCAGCUAAUCCGCAGAAUCACCUCCGACCCCACUGACGCCACCUGCUGCUCACUGAUAUUUGCCAACCAGAUGGAGAAGGACAUCCUCCUGCGGGAGGAGCUGGAGGAGGUGCAGAAGAACCAUCCUGACCGGGUCAAACUUUGGUUCACAUUGGAUCGACCUCCACAAGGCUGGAGCUACAGCUCAGGCUUCAUCAACCAGGACAUGAUCAGGGACCACCUUCCUGCUCCGUCCCCUGAGGUCCUGGUGGUCCUGUGUGGUCCACCCCCCAUGAUACAGUACGCCUGUCUCCCCAACCUGGACAAAGUGGGACACAGAACAGAAAACAUCUUCUCUUACUGAGUCAAACAUCACAUGACCUCUGACCUUUGUCCAACAGACCCACACUGAUACUUGUUAUUUUUAAAUAAUGAAAUUGAAACAACAGUUUUGAUUAAUAAACUUUGCUGUAGCUAAUGGUUAGCUAAUCAUUAGCUUAUGCUAACCUCACACAUCCA